AUGACGUAUGUGUCUGAGGAUCAUCAAACAGUUGUCACAGCCUCACCAUCUGAACCUCCUUUAGCCAUGGCAGCAGCAGCAAUAAUGAAUCAUGAGGAUAUUAGGAUUAGCGACAUCCUCAAGCAUUUGAUUCAGGGAAUCAGAAAAGGUUUUGUUCUACAUGGUUACCGUGGGGAGACUAUCGCUCAGUUUAUCCUGCUGAUGGCUUGGGACAAGCAUGUGACCGCUCGAUCUUCUCCCUUGAGCAUCAAGUUCGCAGAACCAGUAAAUAUCCAUGACUACCUCAGGUCGCUGAGUAUCUUACACACCAAGAAGCAUGAUUUACUCGAGUUUGCCAAGCGUGGUCCGGCAGUUUAUUGUAAAGAGUGUCAGAGGGGUGUCGAUUUAAUGAUUCCAGUUCUAAUCGAUGGCAAUUUGGAUGUUGAAUUGGUGCUGAAGGACAUCGUUAUAAUAUUCUAUCAAGUCACGGGCGGAAUAAGAAGAAUCAGAUAUCAUGCGCUUUUCGGGAUAACCAAAGAGCUGUACAGCUGUCUGAAUUUGAGGCAGGAGGAUGAGACACUGGAAGUUGAGAAGUUAUUGAAAGAAUUGCGAACAGCUUCUGUGGAUCUCAUGCAACUGAUAGAGGAUGAAGAGAAUAAGGCGAUUGUUCGUCAUAUGUUACCGCUUUAUUGUCCAAAAGAUGAGACAGCAUCGAAAAGGAGGAAAACUUGA